GAGGGAAUGGGGUUGAUGGAGGGAGAAAGAGAAAAAGGGUGAAAAUAGGCGCAGGUGAGGGAGGGAAGACAGAGAGGCGAGGGGAAGAGAGAGAGAGAGAGAGAGAGAGAGAGAGAGAGAGAGGUGGCAUGUAGCCAACGGAGAGGAUGGGGAAAAGUUGUGAGGUAGCCGGAGGGACGGGCAGGGAGGAGAGUCGGCGUCAUUGGUGCUCUGCUGAGGGGAAAUGAGAGCAGCUUUUCCUCCGGUCCGUCUGUCUCUCCACAUUUCUGUCUUUCUCUCUGUCUACCUCGCCACUGUAAUUAUCUGUCAUCCUGGCUGAGGCUGUGAUGUGGUGGGGUCUGCAGUGAAAGUGCCGGCUGGCGUAUUCUCCUUGAGUGAACCCUGACUGUGCGCAGUAUUCGCUGCUGUCCUGUCCACACUGACUCAGCUGUGCAGGCAGCCUGCCGGCCUCUCAGCGAACACCGGCUGCAAGAGCAGUCUCUUCCACCGUGGGCUAAGCGGGCAGGCUGCCUUCACCCUGACAACUGCGUGUGCUCGACUGGGACGUGCCUUGUUUGGGGUCCAGACAGCAUAUUCCACAUUCAGUAAAGUAAACCAGAGAGGCUGAGUUGGGCUAAAGGAUAUUGUACGAGCUACCCGGGGGCCGUUGGAUCCUGCAGCAGUAUCUGUUUCGAAACAGACAAACUGGCUGCCAUGGAGGUACAGUGGCUUGGGGUUGAAUUCCCGAGGCCGGGCCCUCCACAUAGAGCUGUUGGCCUGAUCUUCUCUAUGCUGCUUGGCGCUUGGUCUGCUCAGGCCCUGGAGAUGUUGGUUGGGAAGAUUCCUUUUCUGCAGGCCGUGAAUGGCAGCACAGUCAUGUUGCCUUGCUCAUACGCCAGCUGCAUCGGUAUAGAGGACCUCUACUUUAACUGGCAGUUCAACGACAACGGCACCAUGCAGAAGGUGUGUGAUUCAGUGAUAGCAUCAGAGACGUCGGUGCCCAAGGUGGCUAUCUAUCGAGAGCGGGUGGAGUUUGUGGGGAUGAACCGUGCCAACAACAUCUCCAUCUUGCUGUGGAACAUCACCUUUGAGGACAGCGGCGAAUACACUUGUUUCGGACGCAAUCCCAAAGAGAAGGGCAGGAACCACAGUGCCAUCUUCCACCUCCUUGUGGUGGACGAGUUGAAGGUGGUGGACAACACGCUGACCAUCAUGAUAGCCUCAGCUGUGGGAGGAGCCAUCGCUGCUCUAAUGGGCUUCAUGUUGCUCAAGAACUUCACUCUCUAUGUUCUUUCCAAGCUUGAGGAGAGAAAUAAGGAGUGCCUUGUAACUUCAUCAGGGAUCGACAACACAGAAAAUGGCCUCUCAGGAUCCAAAGCUGAUUCAAAACCAACACCAAAAAAGAAAUGAGAAAGCGCAUGAAUAUGAAACCACCAGGGUCCUCAUAUUUAUGUACCUUCUUUGCAAAUACCAAUAUAUGCACACAUGAUGCACACAAGAAAAUGUAUUAGUGUUUGGAUCCUAAACACAGCCUGGCUGUGGCUUACAAAGGAGAAUACAUACAGGUGCAAACAAAUGUGUUCCAUGAUAUACAACUGAAGAAUGAUUAUUACAAAGUACAUUUAAAGUGCACAUAACAGAGACGCUCCACUUAAUUUAUCGAGAAUCAAGUCUAAAUCCUAUAAUAUUUACUUCCCACCUGGUCUCUCAAUCAUCACCCACCUCUUUACUGGGUCUGAUAACAGUUAAAUAUUUGAAAAAUGAAAAGCCAGUGUGGAAUGGCACUGGUUAGCAGGUGUACCAAGUGUUAUGUGCUUAGUGUAAGUUGGGGGAUAGCAUGCUUUUUAAUGAGCGGUACGCUGUGCUUCUGGUAGACUGGUUCUUUUUUUAUAUCUCACAAUAAAAGAAACCAUGUGCACAUCUUUUAACUUAUGCUAUUAAAUCAUGUCUGUUGGGGGUCAUUCACAAAACAAACAAAAAAACAGUUGUAUAUCAUUGUUGCACAGUUGUUAUUAAAAACUACUUGGUAUUCUUGAUAAAACAAUGAUUGGUCACAGCCAGGAUGCAUAAAAAUCACUUUCACAUAAAGUCAAAACAAAAACACUUGUCUUUUAGUGCUUGAGACAGGAAAUAAUGGUAUGUAGUCAAAGCUGUGCUGAAACCUAACUAAAUUUACAAAAUCCAUUUGAUAGAAUGGACAACUAAAUCAGAAUUGAACUAUCCAUCCCACUGAUACACUGAUGAAUUUGUGGCUACUUUCCACAAUACACCUCUAGUAUAUUGUAUGAUAUGCUGAGAGGGUGCUUACAAAAAUGGUCCUGACACAACAUUUUAGGAUUCAGCCCAGCUCUUCAUCCUGAAACUUCUCUUUGCUUGAUAUAAAACAAAUGUGCCUGUUAUUGCUUUUAGGCUCCUCUGCCAGUGAGGACGACUAUAGAUUGCAAAAUAAUUUAAUAAUAAAGCUCAGCAAACAGUAAUAAUACAACAGGGCUCUGACUUAAUAGGAAAUCCCCUGAAGCAAACCCCUUAGAAAAUGAAUGAACCCGUGAUAAUUCUGCUUUUAACACAUAUAAUCAAUGCAUUUCAGCAUGUGCAACACGGGCCAGACUUUAGACACAAUGCUUGAAAACACAAAAUACAUACUUUUGGGGGAAGAAACCACAUGGUCUAAUGUGCUAACACUGUCAGAGUCAGCUCUGAGGUUAACUGUAUCCGCCCCCAACGCUUAUUUCACCGUGUAAACCCAUGCUGAGGCUAAGCCGUAUUUAGUGAUGUGGCCAUGAAUACUGUAAACCUGGAUCGGACUCAAUAUAUUUGCUUGUGCGUCUCAGUACAAAAAGGGUUCAAUUUUGAGCACAUGCUUUUAAAUAAAUACUGUUUAUAGCUGCACUGCUGUGAAAAAGAUGAACUUUUUUGCCCUGACCUCGCACAGAGUUAAUUACCCAUAAACUCAUAGCUGAUAGAUGAUCAUGGCGGUCAGGUCCCGGAUAGCAGGUUGAGAAGGGGGACUGCAGAUUAAGUAUUAACUCUGCUCAAGAAAAAGUGAUGCACUGACUGCUAAACAGGGACGGUCCCUACCAAGCAGUGUUGUAGGAGAUGAAUGUACUGUAUCUGCACACAAAAAGUGAAAUGCUAUUUCAGCUGCAAUUACAAUAUACACGUGUUUUGCACCUUGGAGACACUGAAUGUCUGGCUUAAAAAAGAAAUAUACCUCUGGAGAAUGGGACAGAUGUGCGGCUAAGCAGGGGGUCAGGUCCUCCCCAGUCUCAGCGUAGCUUAGCCAACUGUACUGUGAAGAGUUUCCGGUGGUUUCAGAAGCUCACUGUUAGAAUAAUGUGCCUCCACGCUAAAGUGACUCCAGUCUAUAUUCACUGGCUUGAAGCAAUAUUAUAAAAGGUAUAUGUUGGCACUUUGAAAACGUGUAUAUUUUUGUGUAUGCAUAGGAUCUAAUGCAAAUCGGUGUCAGUUUGUCACGUUGUUCAUCAAAGUGAGAUGAGAAGAAACCACACAGCCCACAUGAGCCCAAUGAAAUUAUAUUCUUUGUUUAAUAAUGCCAUGUAGAGGGAUCCGUCUUACAGGAACAGUUUUGGGAGGUUUGCUUAUUUGCUUUCUUGCUUGAGAUUAUGAGGAAUAACGCUCAAGUGUCUGGCUGGUUAUCUUAGCAAAAAGGUUGAUCUAGCUAGCGUGCCUUCUUCCUAGGUUAAGAAAAGCCACCUACCAGCACCUCUAAGGCACUUAUUAACAUGUUAGAUUCUGAAGUGUAAAGGACAAAUUAUGUUUUUACGGAAGGGUUAUGUGCACUACUGUUGCCAGGGUGCAGUGACUUCCUGGAUUCUCCACUGGUUACCUGGCAACUGCACAGUGUCAACAAUUCUCCAGCAAUUAAAUUGACAUUAUUACGUGUUUGUUGGUGAGCUUCCUUGCUAGGAAGAUUUUCUUUUUUUAAAGGAGCUAUGCCGGCUGUUUACACCUGUUGUUACCAGUCACUUUGCAAAGAUGAGUUAACCAAGCAAAGUGAAAAAGGUUUCCUUUAAGUGGGCUAUUAAACAAUUGGCUGUUGAAACUAUUGAUGGAACAUAAUAUUUUGGUUUGACUGAUAGAAAGGCAAAAAUGCUUGAAAAGAUAAUGCAUGGUGAAAGAAAUGUUAUGAGUAAUAUACAUUUGUCAUUUGUCUUCCAUAUUCUUGUUUGAUUUAAAAAUGAAAGAAUAUCAACUGUGUAAAAAAUCCACUGUUUAUCAAACAUUCAAUUGCAAUAAUUAUAUUUUACUGUUAAAGAGUAUUUUUUUUCUGAUCCCUGUCAGUUGUUGUCCGAUUAGACUCUGUUCCAAAUAAUACUGAUUUCCUUCUCACCAAUUGAAUUGAAACCAGGCUUUUGUCUAAUGUUGAGAUGGUGACAGCGAGGGCCUUAUGAUGACAAGCCACUCUAUGCAAAUCAACAGGAGUGACAGUUGGUCACUUGGCAUGCACCUAUGAGACAGACCUGUGAGCGAGACAGGAGACGUAAAUCAGGGAGUUGUGUUGAUGGGAUGCAGGCCAAUGGGAAACAUCAAGAGAGGAGCUUGGUGUGGACCGGAGUCUGUGCACUUGAUCAGGCCCCGCAGAGCGGAAUGGACUCACCAAGUCAGGCGCCACCUCUGCUCUCUGCACACAAAUAUAACCUGCUGUACAACUUUAAUGCUCUGGCUCGCCCUCUAUUGAUGUCUCCCGUGUCAUCCUCUCACCCAUGCACAUCCGCUCUUAAUGUCUUUACUAUAGAAACAUGAAAUAUAAUAAAGUUUUGAAUACAAACUG